UGCUGCUGCUGCUGCUGCUGCUGCUGUUGCUGCAAUGUUGCUGUGAGGCGUGCAUACUGCCAAUCCAUCUAAUGAAGAACUAGCUGAGUCAGCAGUUGUGAUAUGUGAAACUUCUGCAACAUGUGGUGUGGUGUGCUGUGUAUACAACUAAGGAAGUGAAUGGUUUUCGGAAUGUGGGUGAAGUUGCACCUGUCGGACAUGCAUAUUGAAGGGAAGGUUGUUGAGCGGUUCCAAGAAUUGUUUGCUAAGACAAAGUAUAAGGAGGCUGCAGAACUUGCUGCAGAGUCACCGCAAGGAAUUCUCCGCACUUCUGACACUGUUGCUAAAUUUCAGAGUGUUCCAGUGCAAGCUAGGCAAACACCUCCUUUGCUGCAGUACUUUGGAACUCUUUUAACUAGGGGAAAGCUCAAUGCUUUUGAGUCAUUGGAACUAUCUCGUCUUGUUGUAAAUCAGAACAAAAAGAAUCUUUUGGAGAAUUGGUUGGCAGAGGACAAACUUGAAUGUAGCGAGGAGCUUGAAGAUCUUGUGAAGGUUUGAUUUGGAAGAUU